AUGCCUGCCCAUAAAGCUGUGAAGGCCUUAGCUCGUCCUGAACUUUACCCUCUUUACUUGUAUAAGAGAAUACUUAGUCUUGCGUUUGACAGUAUUGUUUCAAGACUUCAUUAUGGAUUACCACCACCAGCCCGGAUAAUGGGUGAUACGUAUGUGAAAGACGAGUUCCGACGACAUAAAGAUGCGACUCCUGAGCAAACUGCAGUGUUCGUGAACGAGUGGACAAACUAUUGUGUAACUCUUGCCAAGCAAUUGUCUCAAAAGGGUAUUGUCAAGGGAUUUAUCGGCAAGGAUUUGGAGCCAGAAAAACUUGAUAGCUUCGCAGAAGAUCAAUUACGACAGCUUCUAGAUCUGAAACUGGAAUCGGAACGGAUGGCAAAGGGAGAAAGCACCAAGGUUUCAGAAAAGUCGAGUGCAAAGCAAACUAAUGAAUAG